CUUCGAGAUGGCAGCACCCUCACAGAGCAUACGAAAGGAAGUAACAAGGUAGAGAAGACAUUCGAAUACAUGAACAUUUCAUUCGUGCACGCCGAAAGCCCUGUGUGGGACAGUAACAGAAAAACUCUUUACUGGGUGGACGCCUUGCAACAAGAGGUCCAUGCGAUGAAAUUUGAUACUAUGGAGCAUAAGAUGAAAAGGAUUGAAUACGGCGAAGUGAAUAUAGUGAUGCCGAUAGCAAAUAGUAAAAGGUUGCUGGUCGCUGUGAGGGCACAGCUAUUUCUUCUCGACAUGGACAAACCAGGAGACUACGCCUUGAGACUUGUGACAAGUCUUGAUGAAGGGAAACCAGACAAUAUCUUGAAUGAGGGGAAAGCUGACGCGCGGGGCCGUUUUUGGGGAGGUACCAAAGGCCAUCAAUUCAACGACACCGUGGAACCAGACCAGGGCAGUCUGUAUUGCAUUGAGAAACCUUACUAUAACAAACGUGUGGCGCUACGUCCUGUGACGAUCUCAAAUGGUAUUACAUGGUCGCUGAACAGCUCGGUGCUUUAUUACAUAGACUCGAGCACUAAGAUGAUAGAAGCAUUCGACUUUGAUUUGGAUACUGGAGAGAUAAGCCAUCGGCGAGUGAUUGUGAACAUAACAGACUAUGGGGCCAGCAGCCCGGCUAUUCCUGAUGGGAUGGCUAUAGAUCGUGACGGCAUGCUCUGGGUAGCUCUUAUGUUUGAGGGUGCGAUCGUUCGCAUAAAUCCAGACCUAAGGACUAUCGUAGAAGCGUAUCGUCUACCUGUAUCACUAACUACUUCGCUCACGUGGGGAGGAGACCAUCUGGAAGAUUUGAUAGUGACCACUUCGAGGCGCAACUUAGAUUCAAAGAAAAUUAAGGACGAACCUUUGGCCGGGUCUAUUUUUAUUCUUCAUGGUUUGGGAACGGGCGGGGUGCCGGAUAACUUGUUUGUUUUUGAUAAUGCUGAUAACUAUUAAACUCGAAUAGGAAACUAAACUAUACUGAACACAGAUAAGUAUAGUUGACAGAAAAGUUUUAAAAUGGGGAAGACUCUAGCGCACUCUACAUCAAUGGUAAAAAAACUUAUAUAUCCUUGUAAUAGUAAAAUUCCAAUAUUUUUUAUUUCACAAGGUUUUUGACUAUUAUAUGUCUUUAAAAUGGAGAAACUAAUAACAUAAUUAGUUCAGAGGUUUAGACUGUCAGUAAAUGUGGUAAAUAUGACGCUUCAGAUAACACACUGACAAAAAAAUCAUGCUACAAUCUGGUGCG